AUGGAGAUGGAGAUGGAGAUGGAGAUGGAUGGGAAGAGCAACGGCGUAACCAAGGUGGCGAAGGAGGACCCUUCCCUUUCACAGGCCAUGGGUCUCAUGGAGGGGAACAACAACAGCAACGGCAGCGAGACCAAGGAAGGGGGCGAUAAUCGGCUGGAUGGAGAGGGCGUUAUUGUCAAGAAGCAGAAUGUUGCCAUGGCCAUGGGAACGGAGUUCUUGGACUGCCCUAUCUGCUCCGCCCCCCUCAGCCCUCCAACUUUCCAGUGUGCACUGGGGCAUUUCGUGUGCCUGAACUGUCGCGAUAAGCUCCUGGAGACAAAGGCGAACAAGGUUUGGGGCGUGUGCUCCAGGGACGUCUCGACCCGCUGCCACGACAUGAAGCGUGUCGUCGACUCCAUCAUCGUGCCAUGCUCAUAUGCCGUGCAUGGGUGCGGCGACACAAUCGCCUACCACAAGAAGAGGACGCACGAGGAGGUGUGCUAG